AUGUAUACCAACGACGCUGAUGGCAGGAUGGCUUCCAUCGACUGCCUGCCAGAAAAAGAGGACCUUGAUAAAAUAGGCUGUCGACUACCGGGGGACAUCCAGUAUCCGGUGGAUUUCUGGAAACUGAUUAUGGAAAAAGGCACUGGCCGUACGCCCAAGGUGCCAGAGUCCUGUUUCAACAUCAAUGCUUAUCUUUACCCGGACAAUAAACGACCGGGAUCGUUCAACAUUCCUGGAGGCUAUUUUCUGAACAGCUCCCUCCAGGAGUCUAACCCAAUAAUGUUCAAUAUCUCCCCUACUGAGGCCAUGUGGAUGAUUCCGCAGCAGCAGAUGCUCCUCGAAGUAGUCUAUAAGGCGUUGGAGGCCGGUGGCGUCACGUUGGGAGUAAUCAUUGGCUCUUCGACCGCAUGUUUUAUGUCGUUCAAAGAACCCGAUUUACGCCACAGCUACGCCGCUACUGGAGUAGAUCCGGGUCUGAUCAGUAACCGCAUCAGUCAUGUCUUUAACCUCAAAGGACCUAGCAUCACAGUGAACACGGCCUGUUCGUCUUCAGUUUAUGCCUUGCACAAUGCCUGCAAUGCCUUGUGUAAUAAGGAAUACUCUACUGCAGUGCAUAUAAAUACGGCUAAAUUGGGUGUUCCGUUCCUGACAUCUACCUGCCAUACAUUCGAUAUUGCGUUAAACGGAUAUAACUGCGCAGACGCCGUGGGUGUCGUCUACCUGAAGCGGCUCAGCGAUGCCAUUGAGGAUGAUGAUUGCAGUAACGGAAAGGUACCGGGGGUAGGCAUUACGCACCCAAACUUGGAGGGUCAAGAACGAGUGAUUCGCCACGCUUAUCAACGGGGUGGUAAUCUGGAUCCAAAUCUGACGAGCUACUUCGAGUGUCACGGCACUGGCUCCCCUAUCAGUGAUCCUCUUGAGGUCCAUGCAGUGGCCAAAGCAAUGAACGAGACGCGCGCCCCCGAUGAAUAG